CUUUCCCAUUCGUUCCGCAGAGAGAGAGAGAGAGACAGAGGAAAGAAUGAAUGACACGAAGAAUGAAGAAUAUCGAACGACGACGAAGAAGAAGAUCGAACCGACGGAUGGGAUCUCAAUGUGCUUUCUUUGGAAGAGAACUGGUUCCAAAACUCAGGAAGUUAACUCAUCAUAGAUCUCUGUCAAGAAUAAGUCAUAGCCCGUUGAUAGAAGUUAAAAUUCACUCAUUGAUUCUUACAUUUGUACCAUUAAGUUUGUUUUUGUGCUGUCAUCAACCUCUUCUCUUGCUCACCAUGUGUUUUCUUUGUUAUAAUUUCUGCUAUAGGAGGUCAAGUUUUUCCAAAGCCAUGGAUUCUUCAAAUGCAACGAUGCCUAGGUACAAGAUUAGGGUAUGCGGUUGCAACCUCCAACGCCUCAUGUGGGAUCUCAGGAAUCAAUGGCAGGUUCACCAACCGUUGCUCUGUUACCAAUAGCUAUCCACAGAAUUCUGAGAGGAUGUUUUGGAGAGGACAAAUGGUUAGGCUUAGUAGUUCACUUAGCAAUCCAAAGAUGCAUUAUGUUGGCAAUCCACAAACUGUGUUUUUUAUUGGACAUGGAAGAUGUAAUAUGUUAGGUUUUAAAUAUUGUCUGGCAUACUUUGAACAAUGUGAGCCUGUUGAAUAUGGAUGUAUCCAUGAUGAUUUUUGUAAGUUGGAUCCUGGCAUAUGGUUUUGUAAAUUAGAUCCUGGAAAUGACUUUUGUGAACUCAUGUUUUGUGCAAUCUUAAAGGGUUGGUAUUUGGUAA